CCUGCUCUAGAGCACGUCGUGUUGCGCCGUGCCCUCCAAAGCAGGCUGCUCUUGAGUGAGUGUCACCGUGCACUGUCUGUGCACCAGGUCAAGCUCUUGGAACGCACGCACGCGGGGAUUCUUGGGAUGAUGAUGAAGAGGCACGGUCUUGCCGCCCGAGUUCACCACGUUCGCCCCCUUCUUGUCCUCCUCGCGGCCGUCUUGCUGCUCGCCGCCACGGUCGAUGGCAUCAGACCAGAUCCCGAUGACCAUGCACGCCCGGGGCAGGCGCCAGGUGCACCGGCGGUGGAGGAGAAGAAGGAUGGGUCGGGGUUCCUGCAGGAGGAGGUGUACGGGACGGGGUCGAGCCUGCCGGACUGCACGCACGCGUGCGGCGCCUGCAAGCCGUGCAACCGCGUGAUGGUCAGCUUCAAGUGCUCCAUCGCCGAGCCCUGCCCCAUGGUCUACCGCUGCAUGUGCAAGGGCAAGUGCUACCCCGUCCCCUCCAGCUAGCUCAGCUCAGACGAUCUCCCCCGCGCACGUACGCACACGGCGGAUGCAAAUCGAUGCAGAGGGAGCAGACAGCAGAGUAAUAUAUGUGCCGAUCUAGUUGUAUGUGAUUUUUUAUGCUGGUGUUCGAUCACCAUGAUAUAAUGGCAUCUCAUUUGUAAAUUAUGCCUCGCUAGCUAGUCCGUGCACUGAGAAGGUUGGUUUCUCGGCUAGAAACACUUGUUAUAUCUACCAAAUCUUCUGUUCAUGGUUGGUUCUAAGAAAAAAAAUUCAGUCUUGCUAGGUCUCAGUUGACCGAGACUUUGUUGUCGAAGCUA